AUGCCUUCGUUGGUGGCUUUUGGACGUCGUUGGAAUAUCUCCAGCGAUGACUUUGUCUUCCCUGGGAUCAGUGAAGCGUUGAUUCGAGUUGGAUGGUGAGUUUUGUAAACAUUAUUCUUAAAUUUGGAUUUUAGGAUUGUGAUAACAGCCACAUUGUUUGUCUUUCACCAGCCGUUUCACUGCAAUUCAUUAGAAUGGCUGGUUUAUCUUGGUAUGAUGAUUGUGGGUAACUUGAUUACAAUUGCUUUGAACCUGGCCAUGGCUAAAAUAAGUUCUCGUGGUUCCUUAUUGGAUAUGCAGAGGCGGAAGGGGAUUGUGAAUUUAAUUUAUUUGAGAGUUUCCAUAUUUCUGCUGGAGAUUGUGCUUACCAUUUUGACUGCAAUUUUUGCUUUUGGUAUGUCGUUUUCUAAAAUUAUGCAAAUUUUUUGAAAAAGCUGUUUUUACUUAUAAAAAUGUGUUUAAUCUACCUAUUUUUCAAAAAAUAUAUUCUACAUUCUUUGUUUUAGGUCCAGUAGACACAUACGAAACGUGUUUUUCUCGGGUUACAUUACAAUUCACGGUUGUACUCGAAUGUUUUCUGAUUGUUUGUGUACUAUUUGGUGUUCUGGCAGUGUUUAAUCCGAUGGGCGGUCACAACGUUGAUAGAUCUGUCAUGGUAGAACGACGAUAUUGGCACAGUAGAUUGAGAUUGGUUAGUUCUUUUAGAUUUACGUUUUUAAAUUUUGUUUUUAAAGUUGGUAAUGUUUGGAAAACAAUUUAAUUUUAGUGUAAAAUCAUGCAGACCAGUGAAAUGCGAGAAGCGAUUGACGAGAUAGCGUCACUUCUGGCAGGUUUCUUUGCCGACAGAGAUCUGGUGAUAUCAGACAUAGUAGCUGGACUACUUUUGUUGGUACACUACCCAGAGCAAAGUCCUCCCCGUUACUUGACAAUACCUACCAGCCAGCUGGAUCUUCCCGAUUGGAUGCAGAUGCCUUCUUCUUUACACAUGGUAUCUCGUAUGUGUGACUUCGUGGUCGCUGUUUAUGGUUGGCCCAACUUCAUGCUGAAUAAUUGCACAUGUGCUGCAUGGUACUCGUUAUACCGACAACUGCGAUGUUGUCGUAAAUGUGACGUAAAGGAGGUGGUUGUAGUGGACGACAAUUGUUGUUCAUGCAAUUCUGCAGCUUUCCGAAUAGAAUCCCAGCUGAAGGAAGCCGAUGUGUUCUUCUUGUCAUUUCGGAAUCGACUCUAUCAGGUACCAUUCGUAGUACUGACUGAUCAUCGUACCAACUCCAUUGUCAUCACGAUCAGAGGAUCUGCUUCUCUACUGGACCUGGUUACUGAUUUGUCAUUGUCCGACGAUGUAUUCUCUGUAGAUGUGGAUUCUGACCCUAUUCUGAAGGAAGAUCAUGAACUAGAUAGCUCAGGUGAGGUACGAGUUCAUCGUGGUAUGUUGAACUCGGCACGCUAUGUGUUCAAUAUGUUGAAGAAGUACCAGGUGCUGGAGGACUUGAUGGAGUUGCAUCCAACGUACAAUGUUGUUGUAUGUGGACAUUCUCUUGGUGCUGGAGUGGCUGCGUUGUUGACUUUAUUGUUGAAGUAGGUUACUUGAGGUUAGAUAAUAUAGUUUUUUAGGCAAGGGUACCCAACUGUUCGGUGCUACGCUUUUUCUCCGCCCGGUUGUGUGAUAAGUGAACAUGGUCAGUCAGAGAUGGAAUCCCAUGUUUUGAGUAUAAUUGUCGGCGAUGACCUUGUCCCCAGGAUUUCGUACCAAGUAAGUGUGUAAUUUAGAUUGAGAAACAUUGAUACUACUGUUGUUAAUGUUUUCUAUAAGUCGACAAUAAUAUUAAAAGCCUAACAAGUUGUGUUCUCAGUCGUUGAUGGACUUGAAAGAGUCAAUCGAUGAACAGAUUUACUCGACGGAUCGUGCAAAAUACGAGAUUCUUAUCAAAGGAAUCUUCAAAUUGUUCUUCUCGGCUCCAUGGGAUCUUCACGGAGGUAUGCUUUUAUGUUAUGACGAUUAAAAUAGUUCAUAUUUUAGACACGCCAAGCCUCAGAUCUAGCAGACGAUUGAUUGACUCCAGCAACUACAACGUGCCCGAUCGAAGACAUGGGGAACAACGUACGAGAUUGCAUCCGCCUGGUAGAUUACUGCACCUGGUGUCACAACCGACAGGUGUAGAAGUGAACUGGAUCGAGCGAGAAUAUCUGUCAGAGAUCCAACUUUCAGGUGCCAUAAUAGCAGACCACCUGCCCUACCGAGUCAGGAAGGUGAUUCAGAAUGCAAAGGACCAGGAAUAUGUGUAG